AUGGCCUUGGAGUUCUUGCUGGGCUCCUGGCACGACUCCCAGGGCAACUUGGUGGAGGUGACCCAGUCGGCGAGGGGCUGCCAAGUACUGCUGCUGCGGCCAGGGCAGAAGCGCGGCCGCCGCUUCGCCGCCUACGAGGAAGAUGGCGCCAUUCUCUGCGGGCGCUACCUACUGGACCUCCGCGAGGCUGAUCGGCUCCAGUGGUGCCAGCGCAGCGAUGCGCAAAAGACCUCAACCUGGUGGCCUGGACCGCCAGAGGCUCCCCUGGAUACACCAAUAGCGCCGCAGAGCGAAAGCAAGUUGAAGCCCCCCGAAGUCGUGAAAGCACGUGGCAGAUCGGAGCUGCUCUGCCCGCGCUGUGGUGAGAGCCUGCACCAGGAGCACCUGAUUCUAUGCUUCCAGAACCUUCCGGCGGAUGUCCUGUGCAAGAUCCGCUUCACUGAGAAGCUGCUGCGACGCAUGCAGCGGCCGCAGGUGCUGGAUAUUCUGCUGGACAACUUCGGUGAGGAGCCUUGGCCCUUGCUUUUCGCGUGCUGCUGGCUGCUGAUCUCCGAACCUGCCUGGGCCAUUUGCCUGUUCCACGCACGGAGAGAGAUGCUGAGCCUUCUGACGGGGCCUCUCCUCAGCUCUCUGGCGACACCAAACCCCAGCGAGUGGCUCUCGCGCCUGAAGGGCGCAGAUGACUUCGGCCCGGUCACCCCGGGUUGCCUCCGACUGCCUUCCCACGUGUCGGUGCACUUUGUGCACGCAGCUCAGGAGCUCGCUGACGCCUGCGCCGCCUGCGCCGGCGCAGACAUGCUGGGCCUGGACUGCGAGCACUGCGGCUUCGAGUCGAAUCGACGGGUGGCACUGCUGCAGGUGGCCACCUGCAACGCCUGCUUCGUGGUGGAUGUGCUCACCUUGGGCGAGGAGCUGGGCGAGUUGUUAGGGAUCCUGUCGGCGAAGGCAAUAGCCUUCGACUUCCAAAGCGACGCCCGGCUCUUGGCGCAGCAGAACCUCCAGGUCCCCGUGGUGCGUGACCUCCGGUGUGAAGGCGGGCUGCGGCGGUUGGUGCAGCGGACGCUCCAAGUGGAUCUCUGCAAGGAGGAUUCUGGGCUGGUACGGUGA